UUGAUUUUUUUGUUGUCAAACGUAAUACACGUCAGUCACGACGUCGACGCUAGACUUGGGUGUGUCUCACACGUCAAUCAAAGUUGCUGCUCUCUUUAAACCAGCAGUGACGACUAGCGGGAGUGUGAGAGAAACGAAAUCCUCCCAUUUGCUUUGAUGACAGUACUUCUAUUAUUUUCAGUUUCACUAACUCUCUUUAUGUGUAAUCAUUAGUAAAAUAGCGACGUACAGCUUUAUCUGCUGAAGUGAGAUAGGAAUGAUUUUUGUGUUGCAGAAGGCGUGUCGCGCAUCUUAAAUCUCUCACGUGAUGUCUUUACAUUCCCGUCACUAAGAUAACUGUAUAUCAAUGAUAGAUGGCUGGACAAAACUCGGAAAUCGAGCUUGAUUUGAUCAAAACUGGAGAGAGAAGCUCUUUGGUAAAAGCUGAGGUAUCCAGCACAGCAGCUGGAAGUCUCUCACCCAUUCCUGAGCUGGAUCCCUGGGAGAGAGAAGCAGAAAGGAGCGCUACAGAAUUCACAUACUCCUUAUGCUCGGUGGACAGGUACAGCACUGCCUCCUCCUCCAGCAGCUCCCUAUCUGACUCCCAGGAGGGAGGAGAAUUGUCCAGCGAGAGCUGGGAGGCUUUUAAACUGUUGUAUACAAGAGGUGCGGACAGACUCCUGGUCAUUAAGGGCCUUUGAGUGUCUAUCCCCAUCAGUCGAGAUCCCAAGGUAAGAGUUUUCAAAGAGGCAUUUAGCUUCUAUAACAUAUGUAACACUCCAUAGGCUUUUUAAGCUCUUGGCAUGAUCAUGCCAUGUUAUUCUGUGUCAACUGACACUGUUCAUUUUUGUGCUUUUUGACAUACAGUAACAGCAUGUGUGUUAGACAUAUGAGAUCAUUUCAGUUCUAAAUGGAUGUAUAUUGUGAUGUACUGUAGUAGUGAUAAAGCCUGUCUGUCAAUGUUUCAAAAUUUUCAGCAAUAUUUUUUUCCAGUGGUGUUUCUUUGUACAUUACAGAUGUUUAAGGGUGUUUCUUUAACUAUGGAUACUUUGGCCUUGUAAAAACUCUUACAGAACACAUUUCUCUUGCUAGUUUAUUUAAUUUUCCCACUAACAAUGUCCAAUGGUUUAUAUACAAGCAUCAUGGGAGAAUUCUGUAAUUUCUGUCAUAUUUCAGACAUUUCCAUCACAUUAUGCAUUUUGUUUGAUAACAUGUGGUGAUGGGAAUAAACAGCAGUGGAAAUUACAUUUGGAACAUUUUAAGCAAUCUGUUUAUAAUUUAAUAGUUAGCAUUUUGUAAAUAAACACCCAAAAUGAUAUAAUAUUUUAAUUUUUGGCAUAAUUGCAUUUCUGCCUGAAACCCUUGGAACAUAAAAGUACUAGUAUUUUACCCUAUAGGGAUUUUUCAAAAAUCUUAAGAGGCAAAGCCAUGAACCAAACCAACCAUCUAUGAUGUGAACAACAUUAAAAACUUUGAUUUGACGCAAAAAGCAUUUGAAAGUCAGACAAAAGGACAAAUGUACAAGAAGGAAAGAACAAUAAUACUAAGAAGCAUUAUGAAUGACAUACUGUAAUAAAGUUAGAAAUUACAGAUAAAUAUACAACUAUUGAUUUGAAUAUGCUGAUUGUGCAUAAAGAAACAACAUAUUUUAAGUUUAUUGCAGAAAUAUGCUUAUAUAUACAAAUAUUUAAAAACCUGAAACCCUUGGAACAUAAAAGUGCUUUUAAUUGGAAACAAAAUCCUCUCAAAUUAUGUCAUAAAGUUUUAAACUUAUCACACUUUUAUUUUACUAGAUUGGUUUGGAAAGAAGCACCACACAUGGCCAUUUUUUAACUACAUCAGUACUUGAAUUCAUUCUUUUCAUUUGUUCUGGCCUUUUAUUUUCAUGACGUAUCACCAGCAUCUGUAUCAUGUUUCUGCUAACUAAACAGAUACAAACUACAAGUGUACUCUAGGAAGGUUUUAUACACUUCUUUAAAAUACACUUCUUGCAGCUGUGAAUGAAGUGUAGAUGCUUUAGCAUUCCUUGUUGACUGCCCACAAUCCCAUGAUUUCUUUUUUCUUGUUGUUCAGAGUUCUGUGCCAGGAUUGUGCUGAAUUGUCUCUUUUGCCGAUUCUAUGACUUAUUCCUCAUGCUACCAGAAACAUGUGAGCGAGCUGCUUACUCCAUCUGCCCUGCCUACAUGCUUUUCACUCCGCCCGCGGAAU